AUGGAAUCUAAUUUGCAAUUGUUGGCAUUAAGCCUCUCGUUUUUAAGAGCUGGUUGGAUCUUGAUAGAAUGUGCAUUAAUAUUAUUGGUGGACGUGCGGUCAGUCUACAACUCCUCUCAGAAUGCACUGCCUAAACUCAUCACCAAACAUGUUGUUCCAAGCUGGUCAAGAAAACAGCAAGAGAUAAAUGCUGUUAACCCAAAGUACAUUUAUUACUCUAGAUCACUUUAUAUUUACGCACAUAAUAUUAUAUUCUAUACCUCAUACAUAUAUCUGCAAGCGCCCGAUACUUUGUCCUAUUACCUUUUCACUAAAAUCUUCUGUGCUGUACGCGUUUGGUGGCUUGAUGUAUAUUACUUUUGGAGAACUUUCAAAAAUAAUCUUGAGAACAUCUCUUCAUUAGCCGAGACUUCAAUUUAA